AGGACUCUCUUCUGGGAGCUUGACCUCUUCACCACAGCCCUGGAAGAUAGAUCGCUUUGAAGGGGGCCUCACGGAGCAGAGACGGGUUAAGAAGGAGGGCUUGGGCGCCCAUCGCCCCAUCCAGCCCAGGAGGGGCUUCUCUUGCUUCCCAGCCUGACUUCACUCCGGCCCUGUGAGUCGCAGAGGAAGGCAAAGCUUCAGAGAGCCAGAGGAGACCCUGAGAGGAGAGAGACAGUGAAAACAGUUGCUCAGGCCCAGGCACCAGCUUGUCUGCAUUGCCGAGGAGAGGCAGCACGAUGCUGGGCCCCCACCUCCUGCCCCCUCCCCCUAGGCCCUGCGAAGGGAGGCCCACCUCCUGCACCUUGGGGAUCCCCGAUGGGAACUACAGGUGUGUGGCCCUCGAGGCCCAGGAGAGUGGCAGCGAGGAGGGCCUGCAGGGAGAGGCAGGGUUCACUGACCUGGAGGAGGACGAAGGAGUGGCCAGCAGGAGAGGGGACAACUCGGCCUGCAGAGCCACCCCGGGGGCACCACAGCAACCCAAAGUCCUGGACAUGCAACCACCCAGCUGCUCCAGGGAGGCCGGAGGGGAGCCCCAGCAUGACGACAGGGCCAGCCAGGACUGGGGUGCCCUGAAAGCCCAGCAGGUGAUGACAGCCAGCCCCAGCCCCAGCCCUGGCCCCGGGCCCAGCAUGGCCCAGAGACCAGCUUUGGGCCGGAGCACUAGCCUCACCGAGAAAGAUCUGAAAGAAGCCAAGGCACGGAGCCAGCAGAUCGCAGCCCAGCUGACCACCCCUCCCAGCUCCAACUCCCGUGGCGUCCAGCUCUUCAAUAGGCGCCGGCAGAGGGUGAACGAGUUCACCUUGGAGAGCCACGGCCAGAGGGGACAGAAGCCCAGCCCCGAGUCCCUCAGAGUGCUCCCUGCAAGCUCCACAGGCCAUGCCCUGGGACUCGGCUUGAGUCCCACCUCACUCCCGGAGCCAAGCCUUGCAAGGAACUCCAACUCCCAGAACCCUGGCAUAGAGAUCCCUGGCCCCAGCAUGGAGGGGUGCUCAGAGGAGGGCAGCCUGCUCCGGCACCUCGAGAAGGUGGCCAGUGAGGAGGAAGAGGUACCACUGGUGGUUUAUCUAAAGGAGAAUGCAGCCCUGCUGACGGCCAAUGGGCUGCACCUGUCCCAGAACCGAGACGCCCAGCAGGUCCCGCCUACCCCACCUCCAGCUGAGGUCCAUGACCCCCCUGCAGACGUCAACCAAAACCUCCCCCCCCCCAGUGCCACACUCACCACACCAGUUCCUGACAGCAACCAAAACCUGCCAGCCACAGAUGUCAAUGAGAACCCACCGGCAACUGUCCUGCCAAGCCUGCCUCUUUCUGACACCCAGCAGAAUUCUUCUGAGGCACAACUCCCACCGAAUGACUCAGAGCCAGAACCCAAGCCCAGCACACAACCCCAGGCACCAGCCAUGGAGGUGAGAUCCAGCACACUCCUAAUCGACAACAUGUCAGCUCCACCUACCACCACCACCACCUUCUCCAGGGAAGCCACUCCCGUGUCCAUCCCUGGGCCCUCAGCCCCAGAUCUCAUGUCCAGCUCUCUGCUCAUCGAUGUCCAGCCCAGAGCCCCAGUGGUAUCAGCAGAACAAGAGAUGUCUGGGCGGGCAGCCGCCACCAUGCCCACCAAGCUGUACAGUGAGGUCCACAUCACACUAGCCAAGUCCCCAUCAGUGGUCAACAGGACGGCCAAGCCUUUUGGGAUUCAGGUAUCAGGGGGCACCAGUCAGAUGGAACGGAGACCCAUGGUAGAGAGACGACAUUUUGGAGAGAAGAUCUCGACCUCCCAGCCCCCCACCAUGGCAGACAGGAGCCCCCGGCCCCUGAGACACAUAAUGUCCCACAGCCCCAUGAUGGAGAGGCGGCCCAUGGCACAGCGAAGCCCUGCCUUGGAGAGACGCCCCUUGGGGAACUUCACCCCACCGCCCACCUAUGCUGAGACGCUGUCCACGGCCCCCCUGGCUUCCCGAGUUAGGUCUCCCCCCUCUUAUUCUGCCCUGUACCCCAGCUCUGACCCCAAGCCUUCCCAUCUGAAGGGCCAGGCAGUUCCUGCCAGCAAGACAGGCAUUUUGGAGGAGUCAAUGGCCCGCCGGGGCAGCCGGAAAUCCAUGUUCACCUUUGUGGAGAAGCCCAAGGUGACCCCGAAUCCGGACCUGCUGGAUCUGGUACAGACGGCAGAUGAGAAGCGGAGGCAGAGGGACCAGGGGGAGGCAGGCGUGGAGGAGGAGCCCUUCGCACUGGGGGCCGAGGCCUCCAACUUCCAGCAGGAGCCAGCACCCCGCGACAGGGCCAGCCCCGCAGCGGCCGAGGAGGCCCAACCAGAGUGGGCCUCAUGCCUCAAGUCUCCCCGCAUCCAGGCCAAGCCCAAGUCCAAGCCCAACCAGAACCUCUCGGAGGCCUCCGGGAAGGGGGCUGAGCUCUACGCCCGCCGCCAGUCACGGAUGGAGAAGUACGUCAUCGAGUCCUCAGGCCACGCCGAGCUGGCCCGCUGCCCUUCACCCACUAUGUCCCUGCCUUCAUCCUGGAAAUACGCCACGAACGCCCCCGGGGGCUUCCGAGUGGCAUCCCGAAGCCCGGCUCGGACCCCGCCUGCCUCCCUCUACCAUGGCUAUCUGCCCGAGAACGGGGUCCUGCGCCCAGAGCCCACCAAGCAGCCGCCGUACCAGCUGCGGCCCUCGCUCUUUGUUCUCUCGCCCAUCAAGGAACCUGCCAGGGCCUCGCCAAGAGCCGCCUCCCCGAGAGCCGCCUCCCCUGCCAAGCCGAGCUCCCUGGACCUGACACCCAGCCUGCCCAAGGGAGCCCUCCCGCCGUCUCCCGCCCUGCCUCGGCCCUCCCGCUCCUCACCUGGCCACUACACCUCACCUGGCCAGGACGGCCUCCAGCCCACUACCGUGAGCCCUACCUAUAGCAGUGAUAUCUCCCCCGUGUCUCCCUCCAGGGCAUGGUCCCCCCGCGCCAAGCAGGCCCCGAGACCCUCCUUCUCCACCCGGAACGCAGGAAUCGAGGCCCAGGACCGCCGGGAGAGCCUGCCCACCUCCCCGCCCUGGACGCCAGGCGCGUCCCGGCCCCCCAGCAGCCUGGACGGCUGGGUGAGCCCGGGGCCGUGGGAGCCGGGCCGCGGGAGCAGCAUGACCAGCCCCCCGCUGCUGCCGCCACCUCCGCCGCCCAUGUCCCCCUCGUGGAGCGAGCGCUCCGUGUCCCCGCUGCGUCUCGAGCCUGAGGCGCGAGCCCCCAGCCGCCAGCUGCAGGCGCUCCUGGCGCGAAACAUCAUUAACGCGGCCCGGCGGAAGAGCGCCUCUCCGCGGCCGGCGGGUGCCGAGAGCCUGCGGCCCUUCCCUCUGCCACGGGCGCCGCCACCGCCGCCGCCGCGCAUGCGCUCGCCGCAGCCGGUCCGCCAAGGCCUGGCCGCGGCGUCGGGGUCCACGUUCGCCCCGAUCCCGCGCAGCCCGCUAUCGGCCGGGCCCUCGCCUUGCGCCAGUCCCAGGAGUCCGCUGCCCGCGCCGCCCAGACCCUUCCCCUACCGCUGCUCGCCCACGGACUCUGACGUGUCCCUCGACUCCGAGGACUCCGGGGCCAAGUCGCCCGGCAUCCUCGGCUACAACAUCUGUCCCCGCGGGUGGAACGGCAGCCUGAGGCUCAAGCGUGGCAGUCUUCCCACCGAGGCCUCUUGCACCACUUAAAUGCUGCCUCUUACUCCGCACCCGAGCGGACCGGGCCGGAAGAGCCGUCGGGCCUGGGAACCCCAGCGCCUCGUCCCCAAGGGUUCUGGCCUCUGGACAGCUCCAGAGUUAAGGGGAGCAGAAAAGGAGAGCUCUGGGCUUGGGAGUGGAGUAGGGACCUAAGCUGGGUUAUAGCCCUUGACUUAUCAUUCAGUCGUGUGACCUUGGGCAAGACCCUUCCUCUUCCUGACCCUCAAUUUUCCCAUCUGUUUAAUGGGACUUUGGCUAAGGCAAUCUCCAAGCGUUUAAAUCCUCCCCCCAUCCCCAUCAGUAUACACCAACACACACAUAAUAGUGCCUUGGGAGAGGCAGGGCAGGAUGUAUAUGGACCCCUAGACUUGCUGGGUUCCUGGGUUCCAGACACCACCUCCCUGCCUCCCUCCUGCUUUGCUCUCUGGAGUCUGGCAAAUGAGGGGUGUGUUCAGAAGAUCCUAGGACAUGUCCCCUGUCCACGCCCUGGCCUGACCAUUCGGCUCCUUGGCACCAAGUCCCAGGCAAGAGCAGCUGUUUUCCAUCCCUUCCCAAACAGGCUCUAUUUUUACCAUGGUGACCUUUAGAGAAGCCUCCCAGGCCAGCUCAAGGUGCCCCGCUGGCUCCUCUGGAGAGAGGAAGUGAGAAGAUUCCCCCAGGCUCUGCGUAUGCUACUUUCUCCUUCACACCAGCUCAGGCUGUCCAGAGAAGAGAACUAUAAGAUGAUGGUUUUCCCCCAGGCCCCUGGCUCAGUCCUCUGGGUCUCCUAUAGGUGCCUCCAAUCCAGCUCUCCCUUCUUAGCCCUUUCGUGGCAGAUUCUGGGCUCAAAGCUGAGCUGGGGAGAGAAGAAGAGAUAAGGGGCUACCUGUGGCUUUGCCUGAUGGCCCUUGAGUUUGGGGUUGCCCAUUUGGAAAGAGGUUGCUUAAGAGUUCCUUGUUAUGGCAGGUAAGCAAUAGAGGGGAUUCUAGCAGGAGACCGGAUUGGCCCGGAUGACCUCUGAGGGCUCUUCCAUGAAAAGCACUCUAUGGUAUUAGGAAGGAGGUAGAGGAUUGGCUGGGCUUGAACUGAGGGGCAGAUGAGCUUAGGUGGGUAAGUGAGGGCUCAGGGCCAGGUGCUGCCUGUGUUUCUGUCCCCCUGGGAAGUACCCCCCUCUUCAGGUUCAGGCCCCAGCCCCAGUGUCUAUAUCAUGCACAGAUGAGUGGGUACUAUCCUGCCCCAUCUCUUUCUCAUUGAGCUCUGGCUGGCCUAGCUGGUACCUGGUGCCCAGUGACCCUGGGAGCCUAGCAACAAGCCCCAGCCUGUCCAUCCUCUAAGCAUUGUUGGCUCUAAUUCCACUCUCCAGGAGGAGCAAGGGAAGAAUGUGGCUUUGAGUUCCAUAGGUUCCAGAGUUGGCUGGUGCUGCCCUCUAAAGGUUCAGUCUGGCUGCAGGAUGCCCUGGCUAGCGGGGCUGGAACUGGUUGAGGAUCAAAGUUAUGUAGAUGGAAGGAUGCCAGGAUGUUGUUAAAGCUGAGGGACAGAGUUUUAUUUGGGAUUAGGGGUAGACUUGCCUACCCCUUAGGGUGAUAUUAGACCUGAGACCACCUAGUGAGACUGGAAAAAGCUGAGCUCAGAAUGAAAGUGGUGGUGGUGGUGGGGUGCUUUGGAAUAAAGGAGUGAACCCCCCAAAGCUUCCCCAGAGCCUAAGGAUUUGGAACAUAGACUCUGUGGGUGGAAAAAGGAGAGGGUGCUCCUGCUGGGUCAGGGAUGAGUGACUGCAUUUACCAUAGCCCUACCUGCUGCAGGGUCCUUUAUAGCAUGGAAGGCUGGGGCUGAGGGGCAAUCCCAGAGACCAGACACUACCUGGCCUCUGGUUGGUGCACAGAGGCUCCACUUCUACCUGCAUUUCCCCCAAAGAGCCAGCAGGAGGCAGCCUGGGGAAACUGCAUUUCUGUCUGUCUUCUCUCUGGUCACUGCCUUCUCCCCCAUCCAUUCCUCUUACCCAGUAGAGCUCACCUAUGGCCUGCCUCUCGUCUCCUGUAGAAUACAGCUCUGGCCCUCAAUAAACGCUUCCUGCAUC